CAACCGUCGAUGUCUCCAUCCUUUCCGUUGUUCGGUGCGCUGGAGUGGGGAUGGAGGGGCGUCAGACUCUUCAGUUCAGACGGGCCCCACGCCCUCGAGCUGUGGCUAGGGAGCCCCUCGCUUCCCUUCUGCCGCCGCUCCAGUCUAGUGCUGCACUCUGCAAGACAGUUCCAAGAUGGAUGGCAGACCCUCCAUGCCUCCGUCCCUCCCCUCCAUGCCUCCACGCCUCCACGCCUCCACGUCCAUCUCCGCGCCUCGCUCCCAAGGUUCCUAUGCCGGCCAACACACCGAGCGGCAGCGACCACUCACACCGCAACACUCGUUCUAGCUCAGAGACGCUCACUCCGAUCGUCCACUCCACAGCGCCCAUCAUGAUAUCUCUUUGCAGCGACUGCCAUGGCAGAGUUUUCUCCAUCAUGUAGGGCACCCUGAGUAUGAUGUCGCGGCCAGCUUGCAGGACUGGGCUGCAUGAGGAGCAAAUUCAAUCUGUCUAGCAACUACCGCUUGGAAUCUAUCUCGAUCGUCUUUCCUAGGGCGGCCUGCAGGCUACCUAGACGUCGUCGAGAGAUGGAGGCCAAGAGGAGAGGUUUGAGCACGGACGUGGGGAGCCACCUCCCUCAGACUCACCUUCAACAUCGUCGACCUAUGUCCCGGCGCCGAGCACUGGACCGGGCUGGGCUGGGCUGGGC